UGACUAUAACUCUCUCUCUCUCUCUCUCUCUCUCUCAAGUUUAGUUAGUUGGACUAUAAGGAACUGCGCUUCUUGUGAAAAUCAUAACUGAAGCAGCUUGGUUGCUCCUCUCUCACACACAAUGAAAUGAUUCCCUUGUGAGGACCAGUUAUAUAAUUCAUAGCCAACAUUAGUCUCUCUCUCUCUCUCUCUCUCUCUCUCUCUCUCUCUCUCAAACUUAAGUUUCAUCAAUAUCUCCAGAACAUGGAGUUUGUAUCCUCUGCCUUGGAUGAAUUAUGCAUAACUGAACAAGGUAAAAGAGGGGGUAGGAUCGGUCAUCAGAGUCACAACAAUGACGACGAAUACGAGUCCAUUAACCUCCACGCCGAGAGGAGGAGACGGCAGAAACUCAGUGAACGCCUCCUCAUCCUACGUGCUUUGGUCCCAAACAUUACAAAUAUGAACAAAGCAACUAUUAUUGAGGAUGCCAUCACUUAUAUCCACGAGCUGCAGAAGACUGUGAACAUGCUCAAAGACCAGCUUUUUGAUAUGGAAGCUUCAGAAGAAGAGGCACCGGAGCCGAAGAAAGAAGAAAUUCAGGCUGCAGAAGAGAUGAAGAAAUUUGGGAUUCAGGCAGGGGUCAAUGUGACUCAGAUAGAUGGGAACAAACUUUGGGUAAAGGCAAUCCUUGAGAAGAAAAGAGGUGGGUUCACUAAACUGAUGGAGGCCAUGACUGCCUUUGGCUUUGAACUCACUGAUACCAGUGUCACUACCUCCAAUGGAGCAAUGCUUGUUUCAUCUUGUGUCAUGGGAUUCUACUGCGAAACGCUUGAAGUUGAGCAAACCAAGGAAUUGAUGCUAGAGAUCAUCAAUAGCAUAUAGAGCAAAUGGAAGCAUCAGAUAUUCUAUUCUAUUUACCCUUGAAACUAACAGAGUUUUCUGUUUUCUGUUUUCUGUUUUCAUGACUUGUUGAUUUCAAGUCAGAGGUCAGAUUGGAAUUAUUUACUAUUUAGUCAUUGUGUUUGGUAGCAAAUGGUAAUCCAGGACAUCAUUUAUGCAUCAUCUUCAUAUAUAUUGUACUGAUUAAAGAAAUGGCAAACUGCUGGCCUUGAGACAUUUGGUUAGGAACCAACAGAAGGGACAGAUUGAUCCCACUAAGGUGGUCAACAAUCUGGUUGAGACAUGAACUCAAAAGCAAAC